CUCAUGGAGGCUGCAGGUUGCAGAGGUGCAGUAACACCUGGCUCAGAAGCACAAACACAAAGGGUCGUGCUCAUGGUGUCAUGGACUGUUCCUGUUCCCUGCUGAGGCAGCCGAAAAAACCCACCGGCUCCCACAAACACAAAGGUGGGACCCCCGCCGGAGGCCGGCGUCCGGCCCAGCGGCCACACAAACAGGCGGAACAAAGCCGGCCAGCUUUCCAGAAGGCCGCGCUACAAUAAAGCCGAGAGCCGGCGGCCCUGCGCUGUUUGACGUAGCGACGCGCCGAGCCGAGCUGCCGCGGUCCAUGUAGAGCCCUGACCCCAGACCAGCCCGCUCGCACACCAUGCCUCUGCCCAGACGACGCUCCUCGUUCCUGGGCCAGCCGUCGGCCGAUCGCUCGGUCCCCGGCUGCACCCGGAUCGGAUCGGCCAGCGGCACCACGGCGCCCCGGGGCGUCUUCGUCGGCACCGCCCCGACGGGCGGAGCCUCCAGCCUGGGCGCCCGGGUGUCCCGUCGCGCCCUGGGCAUCAGCAGCGUCUUCCUGCAGGGGAUGAGGAGCAGCGCGGUGCCCGUCCUGCCGCGGGCCGGGGACCGGGCCGCCCACGGGACGUCGCCCGGCCUCAACAGCUGCCUGAUGGAGUACCGGGACAAGGUCCGAGCCCUGGAGCAGCUGAACCAGCAGCUGGAGGAGCAGAUCCGGCUCUGUCUGGACCGCAAGGCCUCCAGCGCCGGAGCCUGGGGCCCGCUAAGGAGGGACUGGGAGGAGGUCUACAGACAGGUGAGCGAGGCCAUCCUGGCCAACGCCAGGCUGAUGCUGCAGACGGAGAACGUCCAGGCCAACGCUGAGGACUUCAAGGACAGGUACGAGAACGAGCAGCCGUUCAGGAAGGCCGUGGAGGAGGAGAUCAGCUCGCUGUACAAGGUGAUCGACGACGCCAGCAUCACCAAGGCCGACCUGGAGGACCAGAUGGACAAGAUGAGAGCCGAGCUGCGGGACCUGGAGCAAAACCACGAGGAGGACGUGCGCGUCCUGUACAGCCAGAUGGCCGGACGGGACGUGGACGAGCCCGACGCUCCCAUAGAAACCAGUCUGGACCAGAUCCUGGCCUACAUCAGGAACCACUGGGAGAAGGUCAUCGAGAAGAACCGAGCCGAGACGGAUAGCUACCUGGAGUGCAAGCAGGCCGAGUGUGUGAGCAGCAAGCUGAGUCGUGAGGAAGAGGAGGUGGAGGCGCUGAAGGCCGAGUGCACCGACACCGGCUGCAAGAUCCAGAGCCUGCAGGCCGAGACCGAGUCCAUCAGAGCGCUGAAGCGCGGCCUGGAGAACUCGCUGAGCGACGCGCGGCACUGGCACGACAUGGAGCUGCAGAACCUGGGCUCGGUGGUGGCCAAGCUGGAGGCGGAGCUCGCCGACGUGCGCAGCGACAUCGAGCAGCAGCGCCGCGACUACGACACCCUGAUGAGCAACAAGCUGCGUCUGGAGCAGGAGAUCGGGACGUACCACGGCAUCCUGGACGGGGAGGAGAGCCGCUACCAGCCCGCCGGCCCGCUGUACUCCGACCAGCCUCCAGAGCCUCAGGGAGCUGCAGGGCCUCCAGAGUCCACCAGCGAGCCCCCGGGCCCCCCGGGCCCCUCAGGCCCCUCGGGCCCCGCGGGACAGUGAUGCUGAGGAUUCGGCUUCCACGAGGAGCAUCUGAGGAGCAGAACUCCUGCAGGAGCCGGACGUUUCUGCGUCACUGCCAGCGAACGUCCUCGGAGGCCGUGAGCUCCGGCUGUGUGCAGGUGUGCAGGUGUGCAUCGUGUUGGCGAGCUGCUCGCCGCGCCGCCGACGACCGACAGCGAGUCCCCGCCGCUGUGUGAGCGGCUGGCGACCUGCAGUGCUGAAAGUUUGCGGAUGUUUUGAGGCAGCGAGGCGACGCAGCCGAGCGUCGGAGCGACAGCAGAAACACACUGGGCUGAUGUGUUUUAAGUGAGUGUACUGAACUGUUGGCUGUGAUCUCCCUGGAGACCUGUGGUUAGGUACACUGCUGAAAAAUCCUCAAUUUGACUGCAAGAUGUCUUCAAUGAACUUUAAUAAAACUGAUUUUGUACUAUUAUUAUUAUUAUUAUUAUUAUUAUCAUUCUUCUUAUGGAGCAGAAGUGCAUACAGUGUAAACAGCAUCAAUACCUGAAUAAAAGCUGUGAUG